UAUAUAUAUAUACAUGAAGGCAAUUUUCAUCAAGGCAUUUACAUGAAGGCUUCCAUGGGAGAAUAUCUUAAGAAAUGCGAAAAAUUCAGCGAGAUGAAGGUAGAAGAGAUUGAAAAUGGAGGUUUAAUAACAAGAGGUAACGAUGACGAAGUGGAGGUUACGAGUACUUUGAGCUCGUCAACGAAGAAAAGAAAAGUUGAUUUUAGUGAAAAUUCAGCUUCCCCGGCAACAUCUGUAACGUCAGUUGACAUUCCGGCGAAUUCUCAAUUUUCGAGUUGUUAUGAGUCUGGUGAAGUUAUUAUGAUGAAGAAGAAUAUUUUGAAAUCGUUAGAUCUGAAGGCUGAGGAAUUCGAAACUGACAAUUCGGCUUCUUUUAACGGCGGUUUCAGUGAAAAUUUCAAGCAAAUUGAUCAGCAGAAUUUGACAAGUGAGCAUACCGGAGACUCGGAAGAAAUGGAGUCAUCAUCCACGACAACCAAAAAAUCAUCUUCGUCUGGCAGUGAUGAUCCCCGGAAACUGCCGUCAGCGGCGAAGUUUCCACCAGAAGCGGAGAUUGAAGAGUUCUUUGCAGAAGCAGAAAAGCGCGAGCAAAAAAGAUUCGCAGAAAAGUACAAUUACGAUAUUGUGAAGGAUGCGCCAUUAGAGGGACGUUACCAGUGGGUAAUUUUGAAGCCUUGAAGGAUAUGAAGAUGACAGUACAAUUGCUGAAGGGGGGUUUUAAUUAACACGGCGAGUUUCAAGAAUCCUUUUCCAUUUCUAGUUUUAGAUCAGCAUUUACUAUUUACUACUACUAUUUUCAGCUUAGUUUAGCUUUAUCGGUGUACAGCCAUUCACCUUGCUAUAUUUGUGUAAAGAAGCUAUUUAUGUGAAUCCUUCUUGAUUUUAGCAGUGCCAUAACUGAUCCUUCUUUUCUGCAA